UCCUAGUCGGUUUUGCAAACCAGGACUUCGAGGAGGAGGAGCACCUAGGCGCUGCCGCCCUGAGAGGAGUAGCUGAGCUGAGGCAGCGCGGUUCCCACGGCAGCCGCCCCCGCCCACCCGCCCGGCCCUCCUAGCAGCUACUGCUGCUUUUAGCUUCUGCCCAUUGAGACAAAAGAGCAUGACGAGCAGGGUAGCUCAGCCAAUCAGAGGAACGCAAGGGCGGCCUCCCCGCUCAGCCUUUCAGCCUCGAGGCCAUUGCUAGCUGGAGGGGGGAGCCCGGGCGGGGGCUGCAGCACACAGGUGCGGGAGCCAGCUUGGUGUCAAGUGCAGCUUGGACUCAGGGACCCGGCCGGUUUACAUUUUACUCUGUUUUUAGUGCAGAAAAGUCGGAGUGGCGAAAGAAAGGCCCACGGGGACCGUAUAGAACCAGUGAGCAAGGACUAGCACCAACAUUUUACAGAUGUGAGGACAGCCACAGAAAGAGCUGCUAGAAGAGAGCUUUCACCUCACCUCAGUGAACUCAAACCAUCUCAACAGCAGCAUCUCCAGUUUCUUCCAUCUGCUUCCAGUUACCUGCAACAUGGGGGAACAGAACCACUCUCCUGGGAAGGAGCCUCAGUACAGGACACGAGCAGAAGUUCCAGGAAAGAAAGUCUGGCACACUCAGGCCUAUGCCCUUGGGGCUGUUUCCAACUUUAUGUCUACUUUUCUGACCUUUCCUAUCUAUAAGGUUGUAUUCCGACAACAAAUUCAUGCUGUAGCUGUAUCACAGGCUGUGAGACAACUUUGGCAUGAAGGCCCUCAGUACUUCUACAGGGGAAUCUACCCACCGCUUCUCUCCAAGACAUUGCAAGGGACUUUACUGUUUGGGACUUAUGAUAGCCUGCUGAGCUCUCUUUCUCCUGUGGGGCCACACUCCCUAGGACACCGCUGUGUUGCUGGGCUCAUGUCUGGUGUGGUGGAAGCUGUGGCACUCAGUCCUUUUGAAAGAGUGCAGAAUGUACUCCAGGAUGGCCGCAAGCAAGCCCGUUUCCCCAGCACCUUCAGCAUUCUCAAGGAAUUCAACUCUUACGGUUUUUGGGGGAGACUGUCUCGGGGCUACUAUCGUGGUUUCUGGCCUGUUCUCCUCAGAAACAGCCUGGGAAGUGCUCUGUAUUUCUCUUUCAAGGACCCCAUCCAGGAUGGUUUGGCAGAGCAAGGUCUACCCCAUUGGGUUCCAGCUUUGGUUUCUGGGAGUGUGAAUGGAACAAUCACCUGCCUGGUUCUGUACCCUCUGAUUGUGCUAGUUGCCAACAUGCAGUCCCACAUUGGCUGGCGGAGGAUGCCAAGUCUGUGGGCCUCAGUCCAGGACAUGUGGGACACCCGGGGUCGAAAAGUAUUCUUGAUCUACCGUGGUGGCUCCCUCGUCAUCCUACGGUCCAGUGUGACAUGGGGCCUCACUACUGCUAUUCAUGAUUUCCUUCAGAGGAGGUCUCACUCCAAGAAAGAGUUGAAAGACUAACUAGUUGCAAGAAAUGUGGUCAUGGAAAUUUUGUUAUUCUAAACUUUCCUGUGUUUGACCAAAAGCACCAACUUUUUGACUUGGUUUUCCAAUACAAUCAUUCUUUAGCAUC